AUGAGUCAAUUCGACACUGAGUCCUCCGCAGGGCUCGAAAAUGCAGUUUUCGACUAUGCUAUCGUUGGAGGUGGAACCGCUGGCCUUGUAGUGGCCAACAGACUCACUGAAGAUCCGAGUAUUCGAGUCAUUGUUCUCGAAGCAGGGACAAAUCGUCUCAAUGAUCCCCGAAUCAUAAUUCCGGGACUGGGGCUAGCAACAUUUGAGAACCCAGAAUUUGAUUGGAAUUUCCGGUCAAUCCCCCAGGAGCAAUUGAACGAUCGCAAAUUGCUAGGAAAUAAAGGGCGCACAUUGGGAGGUUCAUCCGCAAUCAAUCUGGGCAUGGUGGUUUACCCAUCUCGGUCAGGUCUCGAUGCCUGGGAAACAUUAGGGAAUCCAGGAUGGGGCUGGGAAGGAUUGUCGCCGUAUAUCCGCAAAUUCCAGAACUCGACACCGCCGUCAGACGCAAACCGUGAAUUCUUCAAGGGAAUGAGAUACGAUGAAAAGAGCCAGGGUGGCGCUGGUCCUGUACAGGUGUCGCUCGGUGACCAGUAUAUGCCGUUCCAUUCUGCAUGGAUGGAAACCUUUGAAGGACUCGGGUAUCCGCAAGUCGAAGAUCCGAUCAAUGGUGCUGGAACUGGUCCAUUUGUCACACCUGGUGCUAUUGAUCCGGUCACACACACGAGAAGUCAUUCGGGAGCAGCCUAUUUAGGUCAGGAUGUCCAGGCCCGACCCAAUCUAAGGGUCGUGACGGGUGCUUUGGUCGAGAAGGUCAUCUUGGAUCAGCAGAGUCAAGGUUUUGUUGCUAGUGGUGUCCGUUUUAUAAAAGACCAGAAGACUUUCACCGUUUCAGCCCAGAAGGAAGUUAUCUUGGCCGCGGGAACGACGCAAACGCCUCAGAUAUUGGAGCUGUCUGGUAUUGGAAGAUCCUCGGUUCUUCAGGCUCACGGAAUCUCUCCAAUCAUUGAGAAUUCCGGAGUCGGAGAGAAUCUACAAGAUCAUGGCAUCGUCCCGUUGGGGUACGAGGUGGCGGAUGGACUUCCCUCUGGGGACAUGGCAAGAGACCCUGCGGUCGCGGCAGCGGCAAUGGCUGCAUAUCAGAAUGAUGGCUCCGGUCCUCUGGGCAUGGCACCUUUUGUAUCCGCAUUCAUGCCUUGUGUGGGCUUGGGCCAACCAGAUCGAGAGGAAAUGCUUCAUAAAAUCAAGACCUGCAUCGAGAACCCCGCGACACCAAACACGCAUAGAAAGCAGUUUGAGGUACUGGAGGCCUUGCUCAAGGACCCUGAGGAACCUACCGCCCAAUACAUACUGGCUCCCUUCCAACUUCUCCCCCGAGAAGGAGACGACCCGAAGAGAAUUUUCAGCCUCAGCCAUCCAGGCUUCUUCAUCAGUUUAGUUGCUUCGCUCAGUUAUCCUCUUUCCCGGGGUUCCGUGCAUAUCCAAUCUGCGAAUCCGCAAGACGCGCCUCUAAUAGAUCAUGGAAUCCUUCGUCAUCCGGUUGACCUCGAGCUACAUGCUCGUCAUAGCAUGUGGCUCGAUAAAUUUGCAGAAGCUGAGCCUAUGGCAUCGCUGCUCAAGAAAGGAGGUCAGCGCUUGCACACAGCAGAGCCUUUGACUGAACUUGAAAAAGCGAAAGAAAUUUGCAAGGAGCUCAUCUUGUCAGUUUAUCAUGUUAGUGGAACGUGUGCUAUGAUGCCUCUGGAAGACGGUGGUGUCGUGGAUCCGAAGCUAAAGGUCUAUGGGACGACCAACUUGCGUGUUGUGGACGCCAGUAUAUUCCCCUUGGAGCCUCGGGGCAAUAUUCAAGCGACAGUAUUCGCGGUUGCCGAAAAGGCCGCUGACAUUAUUCGAGAGGGAUAG